ACUACCAUCAGCUACUAGAAUAAGAAUCAUGCUUCACCUCAGUCAAACUCAAACAUGACUGCUUUACCCUGUUAUACAUCACUAUUUAUCAACAGGAUUCCCUUGUAGGGAUAGAAGGGGAUGAAGGGAUGACUGAAUAGGGCUGGAUGCCAGAUGAAUCCCAAUAAGGAUGAGAGAUGGGUUCUUUUUUAAUAAUUUUUGGCUUUUGAACAAUAUAUAUGUAUCCAAAUCAGAUACUGUACUAGUAUAUGAAAGUCAAAAUGUCUCAUUCAUUCAAGAGUAUUUCUUGAAGUCCGGCUGUCCAGUGUUGCUAAAACUGUCCCUAAAAUGGGUGUCCUUAAUUUCUAUUGAAGUAGAGUCGAUCUAAGUUGUCUCUAGAUAGGAUACUUAACGUUGGGAUAGUGUACAACUGCAAAGUGUACCGGUUGUUUUGAACUCUUGGAAAUAACACAUAGCGAUACCAAUGAAUAAUCUCAACUAAUGUUCACUGAUUCUAUUCUGUUACAGAAGUACAAACCAGGUGUGUUUGUGUCUGAUUCUCAUGAGAAACCAAGAAAAAAACAUCAUCAAGGAAUUAUGUAGGAAUGCUUUAUUUUUUGGCGGUUCCCUCCAAAUUCUUGUAAUGGCGAUAAUGUGUUGGAUACCAGGUGUUCACGUGAUGAUCGGCUAGGCGUGUCUCACCACGAACUCAUCACAACACCUGGUUGUCAAGGAAACAGGUGUUUCCCGCCAUUACUCACCAGUAUCCAUGGCAACAGGAGGACCACUUUUGUCCGAGUUCAUCACACGGAAGAAAUUCGAAAAUACAUGAUAGUAUCCGGUCAUCGCAUGAUUCAAAUCUGACUAUUUCUCAAGAAUAUUUUUCACUCUGAACCAAUCGAGCGGUGUACAUCUACAGAACGUUCGCAGUAUUCAACGAUGAUCAUGAAGGUUCAACAUGAAUGUCUUUUCCUGCUGACAUGCUGCAUGAUUCUUAUGUUUGACUCCAUCGUGGGCGACGAGUGUCGCCGCCCGAUGGGUCUGCAGUCGGGUGCGGUGAGGGACGCGCAGCUGUCCGCCCGGUGUAUCGCCACCUCCCCGCUGUACGCCUGGGCGUUCCAGGCCAGGCUCAACAACGCGUCCUCGGAAGCAACCUCUGGCGCAUGGGUGGCCUGCGACGCGAACCGAACAGGACUCUUUCUACAGGUCGACUUUCUAAAAGUCCGGAACGUCUCUGGCCUGAUGACACAGGGUCAGAAUGGGAUGUAUACCGCAAGUUACCAGCUUGUCUAUAGUAUGGACGGACAGAGGUGGAGUAUGUAUCAGGACGAAGACGCGACUACUAAGGUCUUUGAUGGUAACACCGAUGACGUCGGAACGGUGACGCAGUACUUCGACCAAGGACCCAUCACUGCCCGUUACAUCCGUAUCCUUCCGCUGACCUACGGUGGCGGGAACUUUGCUCUGCGACUGGAAAUUCUUGGCUGUGCCUGGUGUGACGCGGACAGCCCCUGUAUCGCCCCGGCCGUGUGUGAGGACCUGGUGGACGACUACGAGUGCCACUGUACCCCGGACUGUAUGCAGGGGAAGAACUGUCAGUUAGAUUACUGCGGUACCGGAACAAUGCCUUCGUCUGAGUAUCAACCUUCGUCUACAGAAAUCAUGACGACCGCCGCCAAGUCGUGCGCCAGCGGCUUGCAACCCUGGGAACGAGCGCUGAUCGUCAUCUUCACCAUAUGCCCCCUAGCGGCCCUGGCAGUGGUGCUCACCUUUCUGACACAGAGGUACCUCCGCCUGCAGUACCAGAUGACCACAGUUUACGGACGCCCCGUCUCUCCUCAGCCGUCAAUCAUCUCCUAUGACGUCAGCAAAGUCAUCAAAUCCGGCUAUCUGCAAUCAUAUGACGUCAGUCGAUCCCGUGCGAAUCAGGCCUGAUGUAGGAUUUAGUUUGACAUUGGCUGGUAGUAUCUGCCUAGUUUGAACAUCGGAUGAACUCCAUCAACCUUGUAUAACUUUGUUUACUUUGCAGUUUACCAACACUAAGCAACUUUCAUAUUUGCCUAGUUUAUUUGCACACAUAUACAUAGAGUGAAGAAAUACAUAAUUAUCUAUAUAUCUAUAUAUUAUAUACAAGUGUAGGAGUCUGUUGUUGACGCGUCUGUUCUAGUCUUAUUAUAUGGUAUGAGGUAUCACUGAACUGUAGUGUGUAUAACAAUGAUAACUGUGUAAAUGAUUGCUUGAUGACACAGACGAAAUAUGUAUUUAUCGUUACCUAUUUAUUCACCGAGAUGGUCUUCUACCUCACUCUUAUUGUUUGACGUGCGAAUCAUGUAUUCAACUUUGUGGAUGUAUAUCAUAAAACACUUCACAGGAAACUCAAUAGCGAAUGCAGAAUCGUCAAUUUGAUAGACAUUUCCGAUGUCUUUAUAGACGGAGGCACAACUGAAAAAGUAGCUAAGUAAUAGUUUGUCAGAAUAACUUAAACGUUUACAAUGUGCUUUAUAUUACAUUACAGCUGCAUUGUUUACCUUAUUCGAGAGGACCUUAUUUGUUCUUCUUCUUUGCCCUUGUUACCAUGAACUAGCCAAUUGUGUGAGCAUAGCUACACAACGAUAUCAAAUCAUAUUAUUAGAUUUAAAGAUCGUAUGAAGGAAAAGUACGGCAUUUUCAGUCUGUUCAUAAUUAGAUUACCAAAAAAUUCUAGUCUGAAGAAUUAUCUCUACUCUAUAGAAUUAUAUUUUGAUGGCAAUGUUCCAUAACAGGAGAAUGGAUAUUUAGUACAGAUACAUACGUGUGUGUUAGCUGAUAAAUGAUAUACUGUCAGUGUUGUUGAACAUAAUCAGGUAAUCGUGUACUUUGAUUUCAUACAAUCUUCAAGUGUUUGCAAGGAGACUUUAUUUGUACAUUGUAGUAAAGUUUGAAGUGCUUCAA